AUGAGUUCAUCAGAGGUAAAAACUUUUAAAUUUGUAUUUUGGGCUUUCAAGCCAUGCAUAGAUGGAUUCCAAACAUGUCGCCCUAUUAUUUCAGUAGAUGGAACUCAUAUUUAUGGAAAGUAUGAGAUCAAAUUAUUAAUUGCUGUUGGAAUUGAUGGAAAUGAUAUCAUUCUUCCUUUAGCGUUUGCUAUUGUAGACAAAGAGUCAAAAGAGGCAUGGAAGUGGUUUUUUAGAAAUUUGAGUGCACAUGUGAUAAAAAGUAGACAAGAUGUAUGUGUUAUAUCUGAUAGGGCAAAAGGAAUCUUGACUAGUUUGCAGGAGUUGCGGCGAUUUCAAGAGCCUCGAGCCUUCCAUCGAUUGUGCACAAGGCAUCUGAAAAGCAACUUUCAAUCUAAAUUUCCAAACAAGGACCUCAGCAGAUUGAUGUGGAGGGCUGCUUCAGCCCAUCAAGUAAGGAAGUUUGAAUCCUUGAUGUGGCAGAUUAGAGAAGAAAAUGUCGAAGCACAUGAAUACCUCAUGGAAAUUCCCUUGGACAAAUGGACUGUUAGCCAUGAUGGUGGAAAAAGAUGGGGAGUGUUGACAACAAAUCUUUCAGAGUCGUUCAAUGGAGUGUUGAAAAAAGCACGAGGUUUGCCUGUCAUUGCUAUGGUUAGACUUUCAUUGGAGCAAACUAUUGAACGGUAUACCCGUAGGUCUCAAAUAGCGCACCAACUUGCAGAACAAAAUGAAUUAUGGACUGGGAGGUUCAAAAUAAAGUGGAAGAAGAAUUAUGAAAGUUCAAAAAGGCACUUUGUUUUUUAUUGGAAUAUACCCACAGGGAUAUACGAGGUUAGAUCUAUACAAGUUGAUGGAACUGGUGGUAAUCCUUAUUGUGUUUCACUGAAUGAAAGAAAAUGUGAUUGUGGAAAAUGGGUUAAUUUGCACUUCCCAUGUUCACAUGUCAUGAAGGUAACUGAUAGAAUGGGAGGGCUAGCUAGAAAUUUUGUUAGCGAGCAUUUCACAAUAGAGAGUUAUGUUGCAACAUAUUCUGGGUCAUUCUCACCUAUUGGUCAUGAGGCAUAUUGGCCAUCUCCAAGUUUUACAAAUGAGAAGUAA